AUGGGCUCUCUGCUGAGGGAGCUGAGCGCUUGCUGCCAGGAUCAAUCGAGUAGCGUGCGGGCUUUCGAGUUUGGAGUAUGUCCGAGCAAGACCCUCGCGCGUAGGGUGUCGGAGUUGGUGCGUGCUGGGGCCUACCCGGUUCUGCGCAUCAUCAGUCUGCCUGCACCUCGCAUUGUUGUGGACCCCAAUAAACGUAGCGAGGAAGGAAUUGCAGUGUCCGCUCAAAUGGAGGCUAACUAUGCCCGCAAAGAGGUCGAAAACGAGCCGUGGGGUGGAUGGGAGGUCGAUGUGGAGCGUCAAUGGUGCCCCUGUGACUAUUGUUUUGCGUUCGGAACGUGUGUCCCCAUUCUUUUCGCUCUUCGUGUCACUGCUCACGUCGACAGCAGUGGUCGCGACAUUCUCGUCAGCAGACGGGAGAGAAAACGUGUUAGUGCUGCCACCGUUGCUAUAUCUGGCCACCCGGGAGCAGCUGGUCCAGCCUUGAGCUUGUAA